CUGAGAUGAUUGGCAGCUCCUCCGGGGCGGGCUGAGUACCGGGGUUUGCGGACAAAGAGCAACUAUAGUGGCACCAUGGCCGGUAAAGCUGGUGGUGACACGGUUUUUGGCAAAAUCAUCCGGAAAGAAAUCCCAUGCGAAUUCAUCCACGAAGACGACAAGUGUGUUGCCUUCAAAGAUAUGGCACCACAAGCUCCAGUACAUUUUCUAGUGGUUCCCAAGAAGCCCAUAUCCCACUUAUCUAAAGCGGAAGAAUCUGAUGCGGAGCUUCUUGGACACCUGAUGAUCGUUGGUAGAAAAUGUGCAGCAAAACUGGGCUUAUCGAAUGGCUACAGACUUGUUCUGAAUGAAGGCCAGGAUGGUGGGCAGUCUGUCUUCCACAUUCACCUCCAUGUAUUAGGUGGGCGCCAAAUGGACUGGCCACCUGGUUAAUCGAUACUGAACAUUUACUUUGCCUGAGAAAUGGUUCCUGGGUUUUGUUAAACAAAGAACACGGAAAACUGGAGUACCAACUGGAGCUCCAUUACAGUCUUGCCAAUGGAUCGAUUUCUCUCAUGGUCAUAAAAUAAAAUCCUUUUUAAGGAA